AUGUUAGAUAGGUGGCAGGGACUUGUUCCCGAUGCUGAAGGCAGGUCUUUUCCAGUGAAGCCCAACCAAUACCUUGUAUUAGACGAUAAGCAAGAAGACUUCGAUUCUAAUGGCGUCACGUACAUCGGGAGACCUAGUGAAGAGUACGAUGAUGAAGUCGCCACAGAAGCAUACUUGGAAAGGUACACACAAGGCUUGGAACUUAUGAGUUCCCAGGGCCAUAUAGACAUCACGAACCUAGCAUACUGGAAAGCAUCAUCUCAGAAAGAUGGUAAUCCUGUUUCUCAAGCUUUAGACGACAAUCCAACCACUUUUUGGCAAAGCGAUGGGCUGCAACCCCACAAAAUCGAAAUUAGUUUUAGCAAGCGUGUCGACAUAGUACAGUUUGCACUUUUUUUAUCUUUGGUUGUGGAUGAGUCCUACACCCCACAGAUUAUAAAAAUUUAUGCAGGGCACAGCGCAUCUGAUGCCACGUUGUACAAGACAUUAGAAGUCCGUAAUGUCAACUGCUGGGUAGCUCUAACUUUUGAAGAUAAUAGGCCCGAAGACAACUUGCUCAAGUGCCAGUAUAUCCGAAUGAUUAUUCCAGUAAAUCAUGAAAAUGGAAAGGAUACCCACUUGCGAGGCGCUAGAAUAUACGCACUUUCAUUGAAGCCACCUGUCGAUAAUUCUGGUGUAUUGGAUAGCUUCCCAAUGGGUACGCUCCUAUCAGGCUUCAGUGUUCGCUAA